GUGGCCCCGAGGAUCGAUCUCACACGUUCAUAGCGUGGCCCCGCCCGCAACGAACCCCAUCGCGGCCGUCCGUUUACGCGGGCCCCGCUCUGUCAGGUUGCAGCGUGGCGCCAGCUGGCGGCGGUGGGGCACGCACUACCUUAUCCUCUUUUCCCGAUGCAGCACCUCCCCGAACACGGCCCACUGCACCGGCAACCGGCAGCAAGCCAGGGGCCCGUAGGUCAGAGAGGUCAGUCCACGAGGCAGCGUUGUGCACCGAGCCCAACCGCCGCGGAAUAUACCGUGGUCGUCGUCUUGCUCGCCACUCGCCCCCAACUCCAACCUUCCCGUUCCGAACUCGAAACGCCGAGUCGGAUCAGAUCAGAAGCGCCGCAGCGAACCUAGGGUUUGGUUGGUUAGAACCCCCCAUUUCGCGGAUCGAGUGGUUAGGGCUUCGAUUCAAGCGCGUCGCUUCAGCCAUGAUGUCGAGGUCGUACACCAACCUCCUCGACCUCGCCGCCGGCAACUUCGCGGCGCUGGGCCCGUCCGGCGGCGGGAGGCGGCGGUCGGGGUCCUUCGGGAUGAAGCGGAUGUCCCGGGUGAUGACGGUGCCAGGGACGCUGUCCGAGCUGGACGACGAUGAGGACGAGAUGGCGGCGACGAGCAGCGUCGCCUCCGACGUGCCCUCGUCGGCCGUGGGGGAGCGCCUCAUCGUGGUGGCCAACCAGCUCCCCGUCGUCGCGCGCCGCCGCCCCGACGGCCGCGGGUGGGUCUUCUCCUGGGACGAGGACUCGCUCCUCCUCCGGCUUCGCGACGGCGUCCCCGACGAGAUGGAGGUGCUCUUUGUCGGGACGCUCCGCGCCGACGUGCCCGCCUCCGAGCAGGACGAGGUCUCUCAGACCCUCAUCGACGGCUUCCGCUGCGCCCCUGUGUUCCUGCCGCCCGAGCUCUACGAGCGGUUCUACCACCAAUUCUGCAAGCGGUACCUCUGGCCGCUGUUCCACUACAUGCUCCCCUUCGCCUCCCCCCUGUCCCCGACGGAGACGGCCUCAUCCGGCGACGGUGCCCGGUUUGACCGCAGCGCCUGGGAGGCGUAUGUGCUCGCGAACAAGCACUUCUUCGAGAAGGUGGUUGAGGUCAUCAACCCGGAGGAUGACUACGUGUGGGUCCACGAUUACCACCUCAUGGCGCUGCCCACCUUCCUCCGGCGCCGCUUUAACCGCCUCCGGAUCGGCUUCUUCCUCCACAGCCCGUUUCCCUCAUCAGAGAUCUACCGCACCCUCCCUGUCCGUGAGGAGGUUCUGCGAACGCUUCUCAAUUGUGAUCUAAUCGGGUUCCACACGUUUGAUUACGCGAGGCACUUCCUCUCUUGCUGCAGUAGGAUGCUUGGUUUAGAGUACCAGUCGAAGCGUGGAUACAUUGGAUUGGAGUACUUUGGCCGCACUAUUGGGAUCAAGAUCAUGCCGAUGGGAAUCCAUAUGGGCCAAUUGCAAUCAGUGAUGCGAUUGCCUGAGAAGGAGUGGAUGGUUGCUGAGCUGCAGCAGAAAUUUGAGGGGAAAUGUGUGUUGCUUGGUGUGGAUGAUACAGAUAUCUUUAAAGGGAUCAAUUUGAAGCUUCUCGCAUUUGAGAAUAUGCUGAGGGUGCAUCCCAAGUGGCAAGGGAGGGCUGUGUUGGUGCAGAUAGCUAAUCCUCCACGGGGGAAGGGAAAGGAACUGGAGACCAUCCAGGCUGAGAUUCGGGAGUGUUAUGAGAGGAUUAACCGGGAGUUUAGCCAGACUGGGUACAGUCCAAUUGUUUUCAUUGACCGGAACGUGCCAAGUGUAGAAAGGCUUGCAUAUUACACAGUAGCCGAGUGUGUGGUAGUGACAGCUGUGAGGGAUGGAAUGAACUUGACGCCUUAUGAGUAUAUUGUCUGUCGGCAGGGGAUACCUGGCUCAGAGUCCGCGCCAGAGGUGAGUGGACCGAAGAAGAGCAUGCUAGUUGUGUCAGAGUUCAUUGGGUGCUCACCUUCACUUAGUGGUGCCAUUCGUGUUAACCCGUGGAAUAUCGAAGCAACUGCUGAGGCACUGAAUGAAGCCAUCUCGAUGUCAGAACAAGAAAAGCAGCUGAGGCAUGGAAAACAUUACCGCUAUGUCAGCACCCACGAUGUUGCAUAUUGGUCAAGGAGCUUUGUCCAGGACCUGGAGAGGGCAUGCAAGGACCACUUCAGGAAGCCAUGUUGGGGCAUUGGAUUGGGGUUCGGAUUUAGGGUGGUGGCCCUGGACCCGCAUUUUACAAAGCUUAAUUUGGAUACAAUUGCAAUGUCUUAUGAGAGAUCAAAGAGUAGGGCUAUAUUACUUGAUUAUGAUGGCACAUUGGUGCCACAGACUUGCAUCAACAAGGAACCAAGUGCAGAAAUGGUGAGGAUCAUUAAUACAUUAUGUUCAGAUAGUAAAAACAUUGUUUUCAUUGUCAGUGGGAGAAGCAGGGAUAGCUUGGGAUCAUUGUUCGCCUCAUGCCCAAAGCUAGGAAUUGCAGCAGAACAUGGUUACUUCAUAAGAUGGACUGGAGAUGACGAGUGGCAAGCAAGCACCCAUGCCUCAGACUUUGGAUGGAUGCAAAUGGCAGAGCCAGUGAUGAAUCUUUAUACAGAAGCAACAGAUGGAUCCCAUAUCGAGACGAAAGAAACUGCAUUGGUGUGGCACCAUCAGGAUGCUGAACCAGGCUUUGGGUCUUCCCAGGCGAAGGAGAUGCUUGAUCACCUGGAAAAUGUACUAGCAAAUGAACCAGUCUCAGUCAAGAGCGGCCAGUUCAUUGUCGAAGUAAAACCUCAGGGUGUUAGCAAAGGUCUUGCAGCUGAGAAGAUACUCACAUUGAUGAAGGAGAAGGAACGGCAGGCAGAUUUUGUGUUAUGCGUAGGUGAUGACAGGUCAGAUGAGGAUAUGUUUGAAAAUAUCGCUGAUGUCAUGAAAAGAAACAUUGUUGCUCCAAAGACACCACUAUUUGCUUGUACUGUGGGGCAGAAACCGAGCAAAGCCAGGUUCUAUCUGGAUGAUACAUUUGAAGUAGCCACUAUGCUGAGCUCACUAGCAGAUGCUUCGGAACCUGACCCUAUAAUGGAGCUGGAGGAUGGCUUGGCUACAUCUGUCUCAUCAAUAGAUAUCAGCAAUGAACCGCUGCAGUUUGGUAAUAGAAGGGCUGAAGGAUCUUAGGCUCGGACUUCUAAUAUCUACAUGCUAUGAUGGUUGGUUCGCAAAAAAAAAAAAAAAUUCUGUUGAGUCUGAAGUUGUGGAACAGAAAACAAAUGACUGACAGCAGGGCUAAAGAUGCUUCACAUGACACGCUAAUUGAUUCAUUAUAGAUGAUAGCCUGUUUCUCCAGGUCGGUGAGAGAUGACAACCAGUAUCUGCACAAACCCAAAUAUUCUGCAGUCUGUGAGAGGGAUCACAAGAGUAGCUUCAAAUAGCUUCAUUCUGCACUUGGUUUGGGCAUCACAACCAGUUGCUGCCAAGGAGAUUCUUAUGUCCAUAGCUGACUUAUCAUGUUCUUUCAAAUUUCAAUGCUUUUCUCUUCUGCAUUAGCAUCUUUAUUGAAAUCUGAAUUGUUAGGGGCAAGGCUGGUGAAAUGCAUUGCUUGGAGCCUCUGAAAGGACGCAUGUCGCCACAUGUGGUUCGUUAUUUGCUGGCUUGGUUAACGAAGAGAUUGUCUAGCCAUGAAAAACACGUGAUUUGUUCGUUUUGAAUUGUAAUAGUGUGGUAAUGCGAAGGAUGUUGCUUGAUUCAUUAUUUGACAAUAUCCGGCUGAUUCGUCAUUGACUUCAUCAAAACUAAACUAUUCUUAUUUCUUGGA